AAAAAAAAUAUAAUUUAAGAAAGAAUAUUAGACUGGGAGGAAUUAUUGAAAAUAUAGUUCCAAAUCGAGGUUUUUCCAACGAUCUAAGUCAAGAUAUAUUAGUAAAUCCUUUGAAUGAUCCAAUAGAAGUUGACAUAUCAAGUAACAAUAGUGAUCAAAUAAUUAAACCUAUUCAACCUAUUGAAAAACUAUUCAUUUCUUCCUAA